AUGCCGGAUUCUCUUUUUGUACCCGCGACGUCGACCCCACUGACGAAUAUGCCUUCAACCCUUGACCUCCUUACCAUGGACAUGAAGCCCUUGGUGAAGAAGAUCCAAGCUCUCAGUCACCUGGGUAUCGAGGACCAAACCAUCACUUUGCCUAAGAUCUGUGUGGUUGGUGAUCAAAGUGCUGGGAAGAGUUCCCUCAUCGAGGGGAUCUCUGAGAUCAAAGUCCCCCGAGAUUCCAAUACAUGCACUCGCUGUCCCAUGGAGAUUAACCUCUAUGAGAGCGAACCUGGAGAGUCGUGGAAGUGUGUCGUGUACGUGUCCCGGCGAUACUGCUACGAUCCAGCAAAGCGGAUGCGUGACCCCUCGUCACAGACCAAGUACCUUGGACCCUGGCUUCCAUUCAACGGCCAAGACGAUGAAAUGUUUGUUACUCUGACAGACAGAUCUAAAGUCAAGGAAGCCAUAAAAUGGGCUCAGAUCGCCAUUUUAAACCCCGAAGAAAAUCCUCAAAACUUUGUUCCUGGAAAGAAUCACCACGUCAGCGGUGCCACCAAGGAGAAAUUCUCACCCAACGUGGUACGCCUCGAUAUCUCCGCCCCCGGAUUCGCAAAUUUGUCUUUCUACGACCUCCCCGGUGUGAUAAAUGUCCCUGAGCAAGAAGAUGAGACGUAUCUUGUUGGACUUGUUGAGAGAUUGGUGAAGCAAUAUGCUUCACAGGAGAAUUGUAUCUUGCUCUUGACUAUGGCAAUGACAGACGACGCAACGAACUCCAGUGCCGCUCGUAUCAUCAGCAACAUCAAAUCUGCCAAGUCACGUACUCUCGGUGUUUUGACGAAGCCUGACCGCGUUUCUGCAAAUGAGCCCUUUGCUCAAUGGGAGGACAUCUUGCAAGGCAAAACUUUCAAACUCGGACAUGGUUAUUACGUUGUCCGGAACAACCCCGACCCCAAUGUAGACCAUAGAAAGGCCAGAGAGGAAGAGGAAGCCUUCUUUUCCGAUCCCUUUUGGUCAGGCAUGAUGGUUACCUUCCAACACCGUUUUGGUGUUCGACGACUCCAGACCGCUCUCUCUGCCGUCCUGAUGGAGCAGAUUCAAAAAUGUUUGCCAUCAAUCAUUUGCAAGAUCAAUGAAAAGGCAGCCAGCGUAGACAGGGAAUUGAAGACUCUGCCAGAUCCUCCGGCUGAAAAUGUUCAACGUGUUCUCACAGAAAAGGUAACCAUACUGGGUUUGAAGUUUCGAGAGGUCUUUGAUGACAAAGGCCUUUUGAGCAGUGUUCUUCACAGUUCAUGGGGAAAUCUCAUCAAGGACUUUCAGAUGGCACUAGCUAUUACAAAGCCCACUCUGAUCACGGUUGCCGAAUCGGACCGGGAAGUCUUUGCGGAAAGAAUUGAUUCCGACUGUGAGAUAGUUUCCCCGUCCCCAUCCCGGCUGAAGCGAAAAGCCCCUACCACGGAGACGAAACCGUCAUCCGAGGAGCUUGCUCAUUCUGCAAAUUUCAAAGAGUCGGUCUAUCACUCGGAGGAAUUCCAGCGUUGGAAAGGGCCCAGCCGACGGUUCUCCUUAGAUGAAAUCCGGAAUAUCAGGGAGCAAUCACAUCGUGCUGGUAUCCCCAAUCAGAUUGACUCGAGUGCAAUCGAAGCUCUCGAAAAGCAAAGUGUAAAGCACUGGGAUGAAAUUACGAAGAAAUUUGUUGUGGCCACUCACAGCCUGGUAAUGAGAAUUCUGUCCGAGACUCUGGACGAGGUCAUUGCCUCGGAAUAUCAUCAAACAGGGCUGUACCGCGAACUGAAGCGCAUCACAGACGCCUUUGUUAUGCAACUUGGAGCCAGGUAUCUAACUGAUGCUAUCGCUCAAUACAAAAUUGAGUUUGAAAAGCCUUUUACGAUGGCCGAAGAUCGUCACAGGCAAGCUAUGCAGCAGGCCCUUGCUCAGCUCUGCAACGGACGACAAAAGUCCCGAGCCCGUGCUUUCCUUCGAAGCCAUGGAGCUGACCACACUGACGAAGGAAAUGUGGCGAAGGUAAUCAAGGAAUAUCUUGGGCCCGAACCGUAUGAUUUGGAGAUGAGUAUGAUGGCAAAUUCGCGCGGGUACUACGAGAUUGCCAGUUCGCGAUUUGUUGAUGUAAUUUGCCAAAAGGCCUACGACAAGCUGUUUCUGAAGUGCCGCGACGAUCUGAUCACGGCGAUCGACGUUGGUCUGGAUGCAAAUACGACUGAGCGUUGUAUGGAGUUAAUGGCCGAAGAUCCUGAGCGUCAAGCUCGCAGAAACUUGUUGACCAAAGAACGGGCAAAGCUGACCAAAGCCCAAGAGUGGCUGGCGACGAUCUGCCACCAGGCGGAUGAUGACGAUGUGGUAGAUUCUCCAGAUCAGACCAUAUGUGAUGCAUCGCCGACAAGGAAUGAGUGCAAAGAGGAAGAUAUCUGA